UUGUGUGUAAACAAACUAGAAACAUUGUUUUCUGAAUACUCGAUCGGUUCAAACGAGCGACGAAGAGUUAAUGCUCCCAACCGGCGAAACAGCAAAAAAAUAAAACAAUAAUUUAGAUUAAACAUGAAUGACCUCUCUAGUUAAUGAAUUUAUUAAAAUAUAUAUAGUUGUGUUGUUGUGAAACGAAAUAUUGUUGAAAAUACUCACAUGAAGUUAUCGAAUUUGUGGAAAGUUUUAUUUAAAAGAAAAAAAUCGAAAAUGUCUAAAGUAAAUAAGGAAAAAUCUAGCAAUAAAUUCACAGAUGAUUGGAGGCGUUCGAAUAUUUCUAGGACAAUUCCAUCAUAUAGAAAUCAUCCAUUUAUAACAACUGAAAGCUGGUUAGAGGGCAAACACAUUGACGAUGAGGCUGAAGGACUGUGGCGUAUCUACGAUACCUUAUACGAUUUUACACCCUUCAUUUCUAAACAUCCGGGAGGUUCAUUCUGGUUAGAAAAAACCAAAGGUACCGAUAUUACAGAACCAUUUGAGACACAUCACAUUAAGGGAAUUUCUCCACUACUAUUGCAAAAGUAUAAAAUACGUGAGGCAUUGAAACCAAGAAAUUACACCUUCACCAUGCAUGAAAAAGGCUUUUAUAAAACACUUAAAAGUCGAGUCGCUGAAACACUAAAGGAUUUAGAUUAUACACCCGUUGAAAAGUCAAAUUUAUUCCAUUUAACUCUUCUGAUCUCCACAUUAGUGUGUUCCAUACUAUCAGCCCUUAAUGCUGGUGUAAUAUUUGAACUUAUUGCGGCUUUAUCUCUAUGUUGGCUGAGUACUUCUGCUCAUAAUUAUUUUCACCAAAAAGAUAAUUGGCAGAUGUAUACUUUUAAUUUUACACUAAUGAAUUUUGCCGAAUGGCGCAUUUCGCAUGCGAUAUCUCAUCAUGUUUAUACUAAUUCACUAUACGACUUGGAAAUGUCUUUGUUUGAACCCUUCUUAUGUUGGAUUCCCAAUGAACAUAUUUCCUCCAAAGUUAAACGAAUUUUAUCGGUGAUAAUACAGCCCAUAUUUUAUGUUGCCAUAUUUCCCUUCCACUUCAUACAAAGACUAUUACGUUCUGUUUUUGUAAAAAAUGAACUAUUGUGGCAUGAUGUUAUCGGUUUCUCUUUACCUCUCUUAAUGCUUAUUUGCUCCAACUCUUCUUUAACAAAUGUUUUACUGCAUUGGUCUCGUAUUAUCGCUAUCGGUAGUUUUCUAUUCGGUUUAAUUGGUCUUAAUGCUGCCCAUCAUACACCAACUAUUUAUCAUGAUGGUGAUGCCAAUCGUAAAGAUCGCGAUUGGGGCCUUUAUCAAUUGGAUACUGUUAUAGAUCGUGGUGAUAUUAAGGGAUCUCAAUUUAUGGUUCUUACUCAUUUUGGUGAACAUGCUUUACAUCAUUUAUUUCCCACUCUGGAUCAUGGUGUUCUACCACAACUGUACCCAGUGUUUAGAAAAACACUUGAAGAAUUUAAAGAAGAGCUGCGGGAGUGUACAUUUUUGGAACACAUUAUUGGUCAAAAUAAGCAGUUGUUGAGAACGAAACCGAAUCCAGUACCACCAUGCGAAAGAAAUAAGAAAAGUAAUUAAGAGAAGAAUUAAGUGUCUAUUGGGGAUGUCAGAAAAACGGUUAAGGUGUGAUAAAAAUAAAUUAUUUUUAUAAAAAAUU